UUAUUAUUAUAUUAUCAUGGAUAAAGUUGCUUAGCGAACAUUAUAUAGCUGUAUUUACUAGCUUGUAUAGCAGCUGGUGGCAAAAAGGUACAUUUCCGGUAAAUUUCCAUGAAAAUUUUCAACGGACUGUUUGUAAUGUUGGGAAUUUUAGAAGCACUUCUAUAUUUUUUAUGUGGAGAAACACGGUACUCUUUUUGAAAGGAGCCAUUCUUUAUACUUCAGCAAUACAUAUAUUAUAUUUGCUACAUCAGGGCAGGAUCCCAUUGUUAACGAUAUCCUCCCUAGUGAGUAAGGGGGAAGAAUGCCACGUUUAGUAUCAGAUGUGUGGAAGCAUUUCACCCCAGCCAUUAAUGACGAUGGGAAGACUAUGUACAUGUGCAACUACUGUACAAAGCAGUAUGUAAAGAAUGCCACAAAGUUGCAGGUGCAUUUAACCAAAUGCAAAAAUGCAACAUUAUAUCAAAGUGCACAAGAACCAUUGUUCUGCCAUACAAUGGAAGACCACAGCCAGAAGAAUGCCGAUGAGUGCCUGGCUCGAGCAGUAUAUGCCACCGGCUCACCCCUCAUGCUCAGUGAGAAUGUGUACUGGAAGAGAUGUUUCAAUGUUAUUUGCCCUGGAUACUCUCCUCCAAACAGAGAUGCUCUGUCUACUAAUUUACUGGAAGCUGAGUUCAACAGAGUGCAAGGAAAGGUGAAGGAAACAAUAGAGAAGGCAGACAGUGUUGCUGUUGUCUCCGAAGGGUGGUCAAAUGUACAAGGGGAUGGCAUCAUAAACUACAUAGUCUCUACUCCUCUACCAUUGGUUUUCAAGACGACAGACAAAAAGGACAACACACACACGAGCACGCACAUUGCUGAUGAGCUGAAGGCUGUAAUCAAUGACGUUGGACCACAGAAGGUGUUUGCUGUUGUUACUGAUAGUGCUGCAAACAUGAAGGCUGCCUGGGCACAAGUGGAGGAGGCCUACCCUCACAUUACACCUAUUGGGUGCAUGGUUCAUGGGCUUAACCUACUCAUCAAGGACAUCAUGAGUUUGCAAACAAUGGAAACACUAUACAAGACAGCCAAGCAAGUUGUACAGGAUGUCAGGAGCAAAGAGGAAGUGUCAGCAACCUACAGCAAUAAAAAUACAAAGAAAAAUAACUCCACACUGAAACUGACCUGCAACAUUAGAUGGGCUGGGGUUGUCACCAUGUACAGCAGCCUUCUGAAAGACAAGGAGUCUCUGCAAGAAAUGGCAAGAUCACAGUCUGUGGAAAUUGAAAUCUCCAUCAGGAAAAUACUGCUUGAUGAUGUGUUUUGGGAGAGAGUGGUUCGCAAUCUUAUGCUACUCUCACCGAUCGCAUUUGCCAUUGAUCAGAUUGAAGGAGAGGAUGCUGUCUUGUCAGAUGUUCUCAGGCUUUUUGCUGAUUUAAAAGACAAAAUCAGCACAGCCCUCCCUUCAGCCUUGCUACUCAACACAGAGGAGACGGCAGUUGUUCGAUUUCUGGAGCUGUGUGGAGAGUUUUGUAUCAAGCCAAUUCACGCUGCAGCAUACAUGCUGGAUCCAAAGCAUAUUGGGAAACAAAUACUUUCUGGAGAACAGAUCAACAGCGCAUACUAUGUGAUUUCUACCCUCUCACACCACCUCAAUCUUGAUGAGGGCAAAGUUCUGGCAAGUCUGGCAAAGUUUUCUACCAAGCAAGGCCUUUGGAAUGGGGAUGGGAUAUGGCAAUCAUGCCAGCACAUUUCUCCCUACACCUGGUGGAAGGGUCUCUGUGCAUCUGAGGCCCUGUCACCCAUCGCCUCUGUGAUCCUUCAGAUCCCACCAACAUCAGCAGCUUCUUUGCGCCUCAGAGCAUUCUUUGGGAAAACCAAAACAAAGGUGGGCAACAGUUUAACAAACAACAGAGUGGAGAAAUUGGUGGCUAUUAGGGCGAACCUUAACCUUUUUGAGCCAGGAACAGAACUAGGGUCCAGCACACAGCUUCAGAGUGACACAAAGGAGGACAUGGACAUUAAAUCAGAGUCUGAGUGAACAACUAAGGAUGAAAAAAGGACAAAAUAUGAACAACGAGCUUAAUAAGUGGACAGGUCAUUUAUUUUUACAAUGUACAAUGUUAGGCUACUGUUGGAUUCUAGCUUGAAGUAUACUUAUUCAUGUUACCAUACCAGAACCAUACCAGAACUUAUUGAUUACUUUACAUGUAUAAGGAAUGUGUCAAUGAAGGGUACAGAGGAACUCUGUGUGUGGAAAGUUACUGAGUGAUAUGGAAAGUUACCGAGAGGGAAAAGGGGAAGUGCAAAAAGUUGAUAUUCUGUUCAAAUAUGUUAUCGUGGAAUAUUAAUGUUCCUAAGGAGGGAGGCAGAGGGCAACAGUAGUCUAGUUUUAGUACCUGAUAAGGCAGGCCAGUUUCUGCGGAACCAGGACCACGAGGGAUGUGGAACUCAACUCGAGAUAAGGUCAACAGUUGAAGACAAAAUACACUGCUGGGAGGUGGGCCACAGAGGCCCACCAUGAAGGCCAUCUGAACACAGUCCUAUCUCACGCACACAUAUUUCCAAGCCCAUGAGGGUCCUAGACUUAGGCAGGGCCAUGACAAUACCAGUAAGAGGAAUCUACUAUGUUUCUGCCUAACAACAGACACUACUUUCCUAUCUUAGACAUGCAAGGAGAUGACUCUGCCUAGUUGGAAGGUAUAAAGAUGUGCUUGUGUGACUUGUAUGUUGUCUUUGCAGCUGUAUGAACCAGUGGGUGAAUAAACUUGGUUUGAGCUUUU